AUGGAGAGGUUUAACUUAUUACUAUACAGGCUGAUGAUACAAGAUAAAACUAAAACGUUAGUGGAAAAUAAAAGAUUGACGACACACAUUGCAGUGAGGAGGGAAGUAUCUUUCUCAGCAUGUGGAUUUUUUAACUUCGACUACAAAUUGCUCCAUUCUAUAUUAGCUGCAGUAACUACUUAUUUCGUCGUCCUUAUUUCCUUGGAGUAA